GAAAAAAAACACAUCUAUAAAUAUCUACUUAUCUCACAUGCCUAUCUAAACAUACAUCUGCCAGGAAACAAGUCUUAAAAAAAAAAAGAAAAAAAAAAAAAAAGAAAAAAAAAAAAAAAAAAAAAAAAGAUGGCCACUUCUCUCUUCAACAAAUCCAACCCCAGUGUCUGACUCUCUCUAACCUUCUCUCUCCGUCUCUCCGUCUCUCUCCCGCAGCGAGAUCUCGUCGGCCAACUUUCGAGCCCGUGAGAAGCAGAUCAUCGACGAAAUCAUCGGCCCCGAAAACUACGACAAGCGCAUCAGGCCGGCGGGGACCAAUGACACAGGACCCGCUAUCGUCCGCAUUAACAUCAUGAUUAGGAAUGUGGAGACGAUAUCUGACGUCAAGAUGGAAUACAGCAUACAGAUCUAUUUCCGAGAACAAUGGAAGGAUCAUCGUCUAACCUUCAACAAUAUGGGAGGACGUAUCAAGUACCUGACGCUGACAGAGGCUGACAUGGUGUGGAUGCCUGACUUGUUCUUCAAGAACGAGAAGGAGGGACACUUCCACAAGAUUAUCCUUCCUAAUUUCUACAUCCGAAUCUAUCCCGACGGCGGAGUCCUCUACAGUAUCCGAAUCUCGCUGACGUUAUCUUGCCCGAUGGACUUGAAGCUGUUCCCUCUCGAUCGUCAGCAGUGUCAGCUCCUUAUGGCUUCUUACGGAUGGACGACCGAGGACCUGGUGUUCCUGUGGAAGGACGUGGAGCCUGUACAGGUCACGAAGAACCUGCACCUACCACGCUUCACCUUGGAGAAGUUCAUCACGGACUACUGUAACAGCAAGACGAACACCGGUGAAUACUCGUGCCUGCUGGUGGCGCUCAUCUUCAAGAGGGAAUUUUCAUACUACCUGAUCCAGUACUACAUCCCUUGCUGUAUGUUGGUGAUCGUGUCAUGGGUGUCCUUCUGGCUGGACCAAAACGCCGUGCCCGCCCGCGUGUCCCUCGGCGUGACCACGCUGCUCACCAUGUCGACGCAGACCUCCUCCAUCAACCAGUCGCUCCCGCCCGUGUCCUACACCAAGGCCAUCGACGUGUGGACGGGCGUGUGCCUCACAUUCGUGUUCGGCGCGCUGCUGGAGUUCGCCCUCGUCAACUACGCCUCGAGGUCCGACAAGCACCGCGAGAAGCUGAAGGAGAAGCUGAAGGAGCAAAAGAAGCAGUGGGAGGUAGAACACGCGGCCGCCCUCGAGGCUGUCAUGGCGGAGCAGGCGGAGGACGGUCACUCGGCUUUCGCCAUGCCGGCGUCUCCACCGCGCCCUCGAAGCUUGCUGGAGCUCCUUAUCUCAAAGACGAAGCCCCUCGUCUCCCGGCACAACGGCGGAAUGGGCGGCGAGAAGACGCGCCCGUGUGAGAUCCACCUGCAGGCGCCUCGCAAGAACUGCUGUCGCUCCUGGCUGUCCAAGUUCCCCACAAGGAGUAAGCGCAUCGACGUCAUUUCCCGUAUCACUUUCCCGCUGGUGUUUGCCUUCUUCAACAUGGCCUAUUGGAGUACGUAUCUCUUCACGGAGGAAGAGGAGGACAACCCCAAAUAGAUGAGAAGAUGCAACCGGAAGCCUUCACAAGGUCUGUGGCUUCAAAUUACGGCACUGAUCGAUUGGAAAGGUCCGCCAAUAAAGGGAGAAAAAAAACUUUGAAGAGUGAGUGAAACGGUUUUCCGAAAAACAUAGAAAUUAAGAGAGAAAAGAAUGUGGAAAGAGAUCUUUUGGGAUUUCUUUGUGAAAACAACAAGGGACUUCAAGGGCAUUUACAAGACUUGUGGCUAAGAAUUAUGUUCAUGACAUCAUGACAUGUGAUAUGCAAGGACACUUGUAACUUGACUCUGCAUAACGAUUACCGGAAACUAUAGCAUAAUUAUUCAUACAAGCAUAAUAUCCUGAUUACAGAGCAUAAUGUUGCACAAAAAAUAACAUAAUAAGGGUAUGAAAAGGAUAAUGUUAACGACAUAAAGACAGAUCUGAAGCAUAUUAAUCUGUUGGAAUAAUCAUAAAAUCAUUAAUAUAUACAUAACCAUGUAACAUAAGAAAGGCAACAUAAGAUAUCAUAAGCAGAGUGGAAUCGAAAAAAAAAGAAAGAAAAAGAAAUGCAAUUGAAAUGUAACAAUGAUAACGUAUCAACAUGCAAGACUGUUCAUGAAGUGUCAGAGUCAAGCAUCAACGUGUUUAUGACAAGUGAAACGAAAGCGAAAACAUCAAUUUCGGGUACGAAGAAGAAGAAGAAUGAAAAAUAAAACACUAAAGCAGGGAAUGGGUCUGCAACAACAACAUUUGAAAUAUUAGACGAAAUGAAUGAUAAACAGAGUAAGGAUGCAUAUAAACAAGAUGAAAUUUAGACCAUUUUUUGCGGAACAUGUAGAAGGACAGAUAAUGAUUUUUAUUAACUGUUGUGAUUACAUGUUGUUAGAAUUAACUGACAUACUGAAGGCAAUAAACGUCUACAGAUAUAGACAGUAGUGAGCAGUGCCAAGUGUGUUAUGUGUACUACUGUACUUUAUACAUAGUGUAAUAUAAAUAAACAUGAAGUAUGUUUGUAUAUAUGAAUAGAUAUAUGCAUAUAUGUAUGUUUGUGUUGU